AUGCCCCUGAAGGAUCCCGGCACCUACUAUAGCGAGGAAGCUUUGGCCGCUAAGGAUGCAGCAGAGGCCUACCCCGACCUUGACAUCGUCGACCAUGUCGUCCGUUCCUUAGCGGAGCUCCUUGGACGGUCGGGCAACUUCCACCUACGCUUCAAAGAGCUGCAGGAGGUCGACGUGACACACGUGCUGCAGAUGGUGGACAACACUAGGCUCACCCUUCGCAACCGUUACCUGAGUGACGCGGACGACUUCGGCGAUGGGAGCAACGAGCUGAGCGCCUUCUUGUCGAAGCACGCCUCGUCGGAAAAAAGGGAAGUGAAGGUGACGGGCACCGACUCGACUGGCGCCCCGACUACUCAUGAGUACACCCUCCAUGAACAUAACAUCAAGGGUCAGAAAUCUGGCCCGGGCCUGGACGACAGCAUCACACUGGCGAAGGGUUACGUGAAGGAGCUGCUGAAGCGACUGGAGAGCCGGAUGAAGGAUCUGGGCUCUCUUGACGGCGCCAAGCAGUUCACGCAGGGGGCGUACCCGAAAUCUCACUCGAAGCGGCAGCGUCGGUUUUUGCAGUGGCUGGAGGCUCUCCGCAAUCUGUUCAAGCGGAAACCGUCCGACCCUGACACCCUGCCUGAUACGUCUUCGAUUUCGGUUGUCAUUGAUUGA